GGGUGAGCCGUGCUACCCUCAGGGGAGGUGUGUCCGGGGGGGCCGCCGGUGGGGCCGCCCCGCCUCGGCGGCCGUGACGGGAAGGGCGGGAUCUCCGCGCGCCAUGGCGGCCAACGAGGACCAGGAGAUGGAGCUGGAAGCCCUGCGCUCCAUCUACGAGGGAGACCUGUGCUUCAGGGAGCUUAGCCCCGUUUCCUUCCAGUACAGGAUAGGUGAAAAUGGAGAUCCCAAAGCCUUUCUAAUAGAAGUUUCUUGGCCUGAAACAUACCCACAAACAGCACCAGUCAUAUCCAUGGAUGCUUUCUUCAACAACACAAUAUCUUCAGCUAUUAAACGAAGUAUAUUGGAUAAGUUAAUGGUAGAAGUUGAAGCAAAUCUUGGAACUGCAAUGACAUACACGCUUUUUGAAUAUGCCAAAGAUAAUAAAGAGUUGUUCAUGGAAAAUCAGCCUGUUAACACUGUGACUUCAGUAAGCAAUAGUAUUGCAAUUGGAACUCCUGAUGUACCAGCAAGUAAGAAAAAAGAUAAAAAGGAGCAGUUAUCCAAAACCCAGAAACGAAAACUAGCUGAUAAAACAGAUAACAAAGGGGAGCUCCCGCGAGGAUGGAACUGGGUGGACGUAAUUAAGCAUUUAAGCAAAACUGGUUCUAAAGAUGAUGAAUAAAGGACUUUGGUACAAGGAAACUUCACCUUUUAAUACAGUGCAAUUUUGGGUCACCAUCUAUCUCUUAAGAACUUUCGUAAUUGUCAAAGUAAACAUUUUAUAAAGCUCGAUUUCCUAACUUGCAAACCUAGUCACAAAAGUUUGUCUAGAGACUAUGUGGUUUUCUUUGGAAAAAAAAAAACCCACAACAAACUUGCCUUAAACGAAGGUUAGAAUGUGACAAAGGAUAUAGAGAGCCAAUGUGGUGCAGUGAAGAGUGCUAUCUAUCUGCAGUGUUUAUUAAUUUAUAUUUUACUCUGUAGUAAAAUCCUGUUAUAGUGAACCCGAUGAUACUGUAAACAUUUCCUGAUGUUCCUAUUCCACUUGAAAAAAAAAAAGCACUAUAACAGUGAUUGGUCACUUGACAGCAAAAUCCAUCAAAAUAAAUUAUUCCGUGGAAACAAGACCUUUGUCAUUUGUUUAUCUAAUAUGAACGUAGAAGGAGAACAUAAAAAUGGUUACAUUGCAAUACAGACUAGAGCUCUAUGGUCCCGUUUUCACUAGUUACUGCCUGAAAUAGUAAAUACUGGCGAAAGCAAGGCCAAGUAUUCUAGUCUGCUCCCAGAUGAGUGGUUACAGCAGGAGUAUGUCUUCUUUAUUCCCUGCGGUACCCAUCUGUUAGUCUUUCUCCAGCGUGCAUCUUUCCAGAAGGUCGGAUGGAUGUCUGUGGGGAGAGGAAAGUGCUUUCUUGCAGGUGUCUCGGUGAGUGGUGGGAUUCUGUAGCUCUUUCGUUGGAGAAAUGGGAGUUCCUUGGAGGGGUUUGCUGACGGAGCGGUGGGACGGUGGGAAGAAGCCAGCAUUCUGCCAAAGGGGUUGGGAGAACAUUUAUUUAUUUUUUUUCCCCCUAAUUUGUUCUCUUGUAUCAGAAAGAGAAGUCAUCUCUACUAUAUGAACAGUUACUGAAUACAGGAUGCCUUAAUGUCCAUUAUAAUUUUUGUUUGAUUUGAGAUGAACUUUAAUAAAUGCCUAUUUAUCUGC